UUGGCUAACAGUCAGUUGGAGUCAGGUUACAAGAGACUUAUCUGCAUAAGCCCUUAUGUCAUUUAAGUGGGAACACCUUUCAGUGAAAGAGGCGUCAGCCAAGGAGGGCUUGAUAAACUGGAGCCCUGUGGCUCAGAUGUGACUGGGAUCACAGUCGUUUGGGAGACUCUUUAGCAAUGACUGGCGUGAAGACCGAGGUUGCACUGUGGAGGGGACCGUGGACUGCGGACCCUCAGAAAUACGGGGCCCUCGUCGCUAACACGCUAAUGGCUGACCCCUGGGCUGAGAGAUCCCCGUUGCACGAGGCCGCUUUGCAGGGUCGUCUACUCGUGCUCAGGACCCUCCUUGCACAGGGUUUCGGCGUGAACAUUGUCACCCUGGACAGAGUGUCCCCACUUCACGAAGCCUGUCUUGGAGGCCACGUUAACUGUGCCAGACUAUUGCUGGACAGCGGGGCAGAUGUGGCCAUGGCGACAGUCGACGGCGCCACUCCACUGUUCAACGCUUGCGUCAGCGGCAACGUCGCCUGCGUGAGGCUGCUCCUGGAACGCGGCCCCUCCCCUGUUCCCACCUACCCGGGGGCCUCCCCCGUCCACGAGGCUGCAAAGAGAGGUCACAGGGAAUGUAUGGAGCUCCUGCUGGCCAGUGGGGUGGAUAUCGACUUGGAGGUCCCACGGCUGGGGACGCCUCUGUUCACCGCCUGUCUCUUCCGGAGAACGGACUGUGUGGAGAGACUCCUACAGCUUGGAGCCGACGUGCACAGAGGGAGGGCAGGAGACACGGCUCUUCACGCCGCUGCCCAGGUCGACAGCCCGGCCGCCGCGGAGCUGCUCACAGACUACGGCGCCAACUCCUGGGCAAGGAACAGCGAAGGGAAGAGACCCGUGGAACUGGCUCCGGCCAAUGGCUCCGCAGCGAGGGUGCUGCUGCUUAGACAAGGUCCUUCCACUCUAGCUCAGCUCUGCAGGUUCCGCAUAAGGCAGGACCUCGGGAGGAUGCGACUCCACAAGCUGUCCAGCCUCUGCCUUCCCCUGUGCCUCAGUGACUUUCUGCAUUAUAGAUGAUUCGUUGAAACAGUCUGAACGAUGUCAUAUCUGUGAAUUUUCACUCCCUAGCAUUCGUCUGUUGUUUGUUAAACUUUGUAAAACUUGUUUAAUGACAACCACUGUGACACUGUCAUGUAUACCAAUGUUACUCUGCCAGAUGAUAUCCCUAACAAUUUGGACUUUGCUUCUCAUCAGUGUUUUAAAAGUUACUCCAAAAUGCUGUGGAUUCUGAUACUGAGUUGUAAAUAAAUGUGUUUAUUUUCAGGCUUGA